AUGAGCCGAUCAGUCGGCGAGUUCCACCUUAUGGGUCAUCUAGGAGAGGGCUCCUUUGCCACGGUGUUCCUUGCUCGUCAGCGGGAGACGGGGAGGGAGUUCGCGAUGAAAGCCAUCAGUCGCGCUCGUGUGCAGGGAAAACUCCAAGAGAACCUGGAGUCGGAGAUCUCGAUCCUCAAGAGCUUCCGGCACGGCAACAUCGUGGAGCUCUACGACAUCAAGAAAACGGAGCGGCACAUUUACCUUGUUUUAGAGUACUGCGCGGGGGGCGACCUCAGGGCGCUGAUACGGAAGGAAGGGAAGCUGGCGGAGACGUCUGCGAGGCACUUCAUGCGCCACCUAGGCUCUGGGCUUCACUUCCUGUGGUCGAAGAACCUCGUCCACCGCGAUCUCAAGCCUCAAAACCUGCUUCUCUCGGGACCCGGCCUAGACGCCACGUUGAAGAUCGCCGACUUCGGCUUCGCACGGCACUUGGCGCAGGCCUCUAUGGCGGAGACCAUCUGCGGGUCCCCCCUCUACAUGGCCCCGGAAAUUCUUCAGGGGCACAAGUACGGCGCAAAGGCGGACCUUUGGAGCGUAGGGGCGAUCCUGUUCGAGAUGUUGGCCGGCAAGCCGCCGUUUGGGGGCCAAAAUCAGAUCCAGCUGCUGGCCAACAUCCGUCGAGGCCCGAGCCCGCCCGCCCGGGACGGCUUCUACCCGCUGCCCGACGGCGUGCCGCGACCGGGUCGCUCUUGCAACGAGCUCCUGUGCCGCCUCCUGGUGCCCGACCCGCAGCAGCGCGCGUCGUUCAGGGAAUUCUUUAAUAGCGACGUAUUGCGCUCUCCUUCGUCGGCGGUGGCGGCGGCGGAUGGCAGCGGCGCCACCGCUGUAGCCUCGGGCCGCGGGGCGGCGGAAGUUGGUCGGAGGGAAUCGUCCGCAACGGAUCGAACGGUUUCUGGUGGUGGUGGUGGUGGCGGAAGCGCGCGGAACGUUGCUGAGGGGGAUGCCUCCGCGGCAUCGGGAGCUGCGGCGGCGGCGGCGGCGGCCUACUCCGCCGGGUCGCAGCAGCAGCAGCAUCACCAGACCGUCACAAGGGUGGCGUUGGGGCGGCGGGGGCGGCGGGAACGACGCCGGGGCCGGUGCGAGGGCCAGAGGCCCCCCGGACGAGGACGGGCGGUUCAAGCCGCUGAGCCGCACGUUCAGCGAGCCCCCGGUCGUCGCGCAGCGCACGCGGCUCCAGACGCCUCCCUCGCGGGGCGCGGGCGGAAGGUCGUCGAGGGGCCCGUGGGCGGGACCCCCGCCACAGCAGGGCACCCCGUCACGGCCGCCGCUAACGCCUCCCUCGCCGGCCAAGGGCUCGGGGUCGUUGUACUCCAGGGCUCGCAGCCCUCGCCCACGCAGCGGAGGGACGGCUUGGGGCCGCCGCCCAGGGGGGUGGACGAUUCCCCCGGCCGCCGGCACUCGCGGCCUCCAUCCCUCGACCUCGGCGGGCGGGCGCCGGAGCCGACGCCCCGGGGGAACUCCCCCGGUGGCCAGGUGCUGGCGGUGGCGUCACAGGCGGCGGCAGGGGCGGCGGCGGCGCCGGAGAGGAGCUUCCAGGCGCUGAACGCUUCCCCUCCGGACGAGUACCCUCUGCAGGUGGCCGCGAUGGUGACCGCCGGGCGCCAGAGGAUGUGGGGCGGGGCGGCGGGAGGGCUGGGCGUGGCGGAAGGCGGCGGCUUCGCGUACCAAGGGGACCCGGCCUUGGCGGCGGCCGGCGGGGGAGGGUCUGACAGGAGGGGGGUGAUUGUCGGCGGGGGGCAUGCGCACGCCGCGUACCGAUUAGCGGGCGAAGGGGACGCUGGCUCGCUCGGCCCUCGACUUGUCAUCGCAGGCGGAAGGUGGGCCUGGGGAGGGACUGGGAACAUGGCGCUGGGCCUUCAGCAGCAGGGGUUGGGAGCGGCGGCCCCACGCCCUGCCGAUGGGCCGGGAGCGGGGGACGGUCGGGGAGCAGGCGCUGGAGCGGCCGUGCCGUCGCUGUCCUUGGAGGGGGUCCUGCGAUGUCUACAGAUUGUCGAAUUGUUCGGACGGCGCGCGGUUCUCUUGGCCGAGCUGGGAGAUUCUCGGGUGGCCCCCGCCAUGCGAUGCCGCCAAAAGUCGAAGCUUGACGUACACGCUCGGGCUGCCGCCGCCGGUGCAUGGGGCGCGGAAGACGGCGCGGGCGACGGUACACCCGCCGGAUCGUUUGCCCAGAACCGGGGCGGAAACUUCUGCGCGUUCUCUCGAGACAACCCUCCGCUGUUCGCCGACAUGGACGAGCCGUGGCUGCCGUCCUCGAGCAGUCAUAGCGCCUGCCAGGGCUCCCGUAGCGGUGCUGGUGGUGGCGACACCGGCUUCUUGGGGUCCUCCGUCUCCUCCUCUUCGGCGGCCUGCUGCGACAGCCACCGUCUCUUCGGCGAAGCGCUGGUCCUGUACCUCAAGAGCCUCUCCAUGGCCAAGGAGGCGAUAGUCUGGGGCAACCAGGUGGCGGCGUGGGGGUCGUCGCUUCUCUUGUGGCUGAGCGGCCAGUUCUCGGCGGUGCUGAGGAGGGCCGAGCGCUGCAGGACGGAGCUGCGCGGCUCUGCCUCGACGGAAUCACCCGCGGCCACGGCGGCGGCGGCGACGUUGAACUCCGGGGCGGCAACGACGCCGGCAGCGUCGGACACAGGCCCCGCCCUGCCGGGCCGCGGUGGUGCAAGCGCCGCCGCUAGCUCUUCUCCCGGCGCCCCUGGCGGGGUGGUGGACCCUGCGCCCGCCGUUCCCGCCCUCGCCGCCGCCGGCGGUGGUUAUGGCCGGGGGCGUGCCGUAGAUCCUGACUUGGGCUUGGGCGGUGCUAUCCUUGUCUCGGCGUCACCGGAAAGAUCCUCCGCUAUCGUUGCCGCCGAGCGUAGGGGAGGGGGGGGGGCGGGCGCGGCGGCGGCGCAGGGGGGCCACGAGCAUGGGGCGGCCCCGGCGGCGGUGGCAGUGUCUGCGAGGGAUAUCGUGGUGAGGGCGGCGCUAGCGAUGGCGAAGGAGUCGGCCGCGAGCGAGGUGCUCGGCAUGUGGGAAGCCGCUCGCAAGGGCUACGAGAAGGCCGCCCUCCUUCUAGAGACGCUUCUCCUCGACGCCUUGGUGGCAAGACCGGAGACCACAGGUGCUAACCCGAGCCGCAGUACCGUUGGCGGUAGCGGCCAGCCAGGGCCAGCCGCCGCUCCGAAACUCGCCUGGGGCACUGGGGGAGGGGGGGGGGGGGGGACCGGGGCUCCCGGAGAUUCUCUGAUCGCGUCGGGGACCCGAGGGGGGGUGCUGACCGAAGCGGACCAACGUGUUCUUCAGAACUACAUGACAAGGUUUGCCCGACGCGCAGCCGACGUUGCUGCGAACGAAAAGGAAGAGGCACGGAUCGCGGGGAGCGAGGGAGCGAAAGCCGGCACCACGGAACCCAGCGAAGUGUAAAUCUUGAGAGAGAGAGAGAGAGAGAGAGAGAGAGAGAGAGAGAGAGAGAGAGAGAGAGAGAGAGAGAGAGAGGAAGAGGUCCUUUUCCCGGCCGGAAAUCAUGGCGGCCAUUGCUGGAGGUCGAUUUUUAGGCAACGCGGGGAAGGAGGGUGCAGAUUGGGGCGACUCGGCGCUCUUGUCUUCUUUUUUCGUGAUUUUUGUUGGGACUCUCCUACUCUGUAGAUUUCAACGGAAUAACCAAGAAUGUGUUGGUAUCGUGUUUGCUGGUCGUUCUUCCCUGAACCUGCGUAGCAUUCGCUUGUGGAUGGCCUAUCGUCGAC